AUGACGGGCCCCUGCUCUGACCUUUACACGCACGCCGAGACGCACCGGGACGAGCCCAGGAGGGCGCAAAUGCCGUCUGUAAGAGAGCUGAAGCAGGAGUUGGACGAGGAGAGCAGUCGCUGCCUCCUGCUGUCCCGGCAGAGCCUCUUCAACCAGCGCUGCUGCAUCCGCUGCUGCGCGCCCUUCACCUUCCUGCUCAAACCCAGGCGGCGGUGCCGGGACUGCCGCUACUUCGUGUGCAAGGCCUGCUGCCUCUACAACAAGCGGGACAAAGCCUCGCUCUGCUCCACCUGCCAGAAGAGCAGGCUGUUGAAGACUCGGUCGUUAGAGUGGUUCUACGCGAAUGUGAAGAGCCGCUUCAAGAGAUUUGGCAGUGCCAAAGUGUUGAAGACCCUCUACAAGAAACACUUGGAGGAGCGCGGUGCUCUGUCUGACCACACUGAGGGCAGCACCUACGAGGAGAGCAUCUGCAAUGAGGGCAGUGUCUGCGGAAGUGACUCGGCCUUCUACAGACAAAGUGAAGAGCACAGCAUGGCCGAGAGCCUCACGGUGGCGUUGCGGGUGGCAGGAGAGGCCAUAGAUGAAGCCAUAUCCAAGGCCGAGGUUCUCACUGAUAACCAGCAUAAGCAGAAUGAAGCACAGUAUCUGCGGGAGCACAGACAAGAGCUCAUCGAGGAGCUGGCCAAAACAAUCAUGCAGAAAAUCAUCAGUAGGAGGAAAACCUUGGCAGAGAUAAAGCCAGAGCAUGACCAGGACUGUCCCCCUGACCACGGCGUUGAUGAGCAGCACCGCCACUAUCAACAGCCCGCCUGCGGCCGAGCCCCCGGGUCACCCAACUACCAGCCCAGUCUCAGGAGGUCGCGCUCUGCCUUCUCGCUGUUGGACAGCAAUGCUUCAGAGGUGAACUCUGGGGUUUACCACAACCAGGACUUACCACAAGGGUUCAAGAAAGAUGUAUUCGAGUCUGCCAUGUCCAUAUGGAAGAGUGCGGACCGGCUGGACAAUUCUAUGUUGAAGAGCCCAGAUGGGAACUGGAUUGCCCUGCAGAGUGCCCAGUGGUCACGGUCUGGCCUGCUGACCAAGAGGAAGGGUCCGGUUUACCGUGCCCUGGAGAGGGAGUCUGGGGUAGUCUCCGCUUACGAAGGCCUGAGCUCCGAAAGCGAGGAGAAGCCUGAGCCCAACAGCUCCUGGCAUGCGGCACUGCGAGAGGCCCACAGGAAAUCAAUAGACUGCAAUUUCAAACUCCAGGACACCCACAGAGACCGGUCCAGGUUCCCUUCUCCUCCGAUGGGGUCGCGAGGCAGCGGAGAGGACUUGACCCCAGACUCAGAGGGGACCUUGAAGUCGCACAAGCCUCUGCCAGCUCAUUAUAAGAGAAAGGUGCCCCAGGAGAUGAGACGACUUUCAUCGUCCCACAGGACCAGCAUCAUCAACAUGAACUUUAACCCGGAAGGAUUCAGAGAGGAGAGCAGUGGGGCGGAUGAGCUGGAGGUGGGCCAAGUCAGGAGGUCACGGAAGAAAAGAAGAUGUAGGAAGGAGCAGCUGCCAAUUUCUUCUUCUGUGCCGGAUUACGACCACAGAUUUCUGGACACACUCGGGGACAACCAAUCCCAGCAUGCUGCUGACGCCGUCACCCCUGACACGCUGACCUCUGAGACCGUUACCCCUGAGCCUUUUGACCUUAGAGACGACAUUACCGAAGGUGGAGUAAAGCAAGCUGACCCGGAGCUGACGUUCAAACUAAAAGAGAUAGCCGGCAUGGCCGUCAGCAUUUCCCAACCGUAUGAACUUGAUAGACGGGGAGACAGUGAUGGACCCACGGAGAAGAGGAGGACAGGGGCUACGGAAAAAGAUAAGGCACUUGAGAAUAUGGGCAUUGAUGUGGAUGGCGGAAGAGUGGAGGAUGGCAGAGAAAACAUGGGGGACGAGGAGGAGACGAGAUACAAACUGGGAAUGCAGGUCGAAUACUUCUUGUCCACUGAUGAUGAACAAGAGGGAGUGGACCAGAGUGAGAGAGAUUUACAAGAGGAAGACAUGACAGCGGAUGGGCAAGAAUGGAGGGAGGGCGACAUGGAAGAGCUUGCCUUUAAACUACAGCGGCUAGAGAGAGCGGUCCAGGCCAGCCAGUUCUCAUCCACCGAGGAUGAGCUGGACCGAGUGGGCCUCUCUGAUGGACACAGGGGUAGGGGAGCAGCAGAGGAUGUAAAGAAAGAGGAGCUGGCCUUAAAGGUGUGCAGAUUGGCCAGCCAAGUCAACGCUGCCCAGUUUUCAUCCACCGAGGACGAGCUAGACAGAGCAGGCCAGGUGGAGGGCAGCGGCGGGGGUGAGGAGGAGGACAGAGCAGAAGAGCAGGAAGAAGUGAUCGAUGAAGAGACCCUUUGGAAAAUGGAGGCCGAGAAAAUGGUUCAGGGGGCCCAGGUGCGCGACUUGGCCAGCCUGGUCAGCGCCUCCCAGUUCUCCUCCACGGAGGAUGAGCUGGAUCGAGCUGGGGAGAGCAUGGGGGCAGUCCACGAUGGGGAGAUAGCGACUGAGGAUGCGGCGGAGAGGACGGAGCUGUGGUACAUGAAGAUGGAGAGGGACGACGGGGAAGAAAGUCAGGAGGAGAGGUGGGAAAGCAUCGAUGACGUUGACAUGAGGAUGUUUGACUUUGAGGAUGAACUGGAGUCAGAUGGAGAGAGGGCAACAGAUUCAAAGGAGGCUCUAGAUGGAGGUGAAGUGAGCCACACGGAGACGGUGAUGCAAGAUGAGCGAAGGGUAGAUGGUGUCAAUCAAGAUGAAAUGGGGGAAGAGGAAUCUGAGAAGACAUGUGAGGAGGAAAGAGUCACAGCAGUGACGAAUAAAGAUGGAAGGAGGGCAGAGGAGCAUAAUGAUAUGACGGCCAACACGCUGGGUGAAGAAGAGAGAGAGACAGAGGACAAGGGCAAGACUGGAAGGAGGAGGACAUCCUCAGUCACUCUCGAAAAAGGAGUCCAUGAAGAAUUCAACAUUUUACAACAUAAACCAGGGGUGGAGAUGGUGGAUGGAAGUGAAGGACAGUUAGAAGAAAUAACGGACAAAAACAGGAAGGGGGGAAAAGCAGGACGUGAUGAAGAAAGUGUGAAAACGGACAGAAUGAUCAGUAGCAGUAUGUACAGCUGGCCUCUGGAAGAGAUGCAGACAGAUACAUUAGCUGACAAAGUGAAGGAUAGAUGUUGGGAACCAGAGGAAAGUAGUGAGAAACUAGAGGUGGGGGAGAGAAAUGAAGAUGACGAGACAGUUGGAACAGGAGGCACAGAGGGGGGUGUAGUAGAGGAAAAUGAAGGAAAUGUUGGUGGAAACCUGAGGAAAAAUAGACAACAGAAGACCAAGCCAGAUCCUGAAAACAGAAAUGCACAGCCAGAUCUUGAGAUGGUGCAUUCGGUUGUCAUUGCAAGUAAUGAGAUAGCAGAGCAGACACAUGGAGCCAGCGUGGAGUAUAAAAGAACCAAAGAGGAAGACGAGCAGGACAGGAAGGCGACACAAGAGGAGAUGUUGGUAGAGGAGCAGACGAUGGAGAGGCAGGGAAAUCGUGUUGGAGGCACUGAGGAGAAUGAGAGUGAAGAGAGAGAAUCGGAUGAACCACCAAAAGGGACCAAAGAAGAAGAAGAGGGCGCCCUCUCAGAUCAGGAGGGCAUACUGUCACCUGAGGAGAUCCAGAAAAGGUACUCGGCGGUGUCCCUGUGCAGCAUCACGACCGAGAUGCUGAAGGUGCUGAAUGCUACGGAGGAGUUGCUGCAGGGCGUGGAAGGAGGAGACCGUUGCAGCCCUCAGCCCAAACCCUCCCUGCCUCCCAACACGGACCCCAAGAAACUAGACCAACAGUUCUCCAGACUGGAGGAGAAGGUGUAUGUGGCGGCGGGCACGGUUUACGGUCUGGAGACAGAGCUGGGUGAUCUGGAGGAGUGUGCCCGGAGCAUCAGCAGUGCCACAUCCGACAAAGAGCUGUCCUUCCUUGAAGAACAGGUGGCGUCAGCAGCCGCAAAGGUUCACCAGUCUGAACUGCAGAUAUCCAACAUCUCGGCCCGGAUCGCUGCUUUGAAGACCGCAGGCCUCAACGUGGACCCGCAUUCUCGCUUCACUAAGGCCAGAACCAUACCAAUUAUGCCAAUCACCUUAGACUCUUCGAGACAACUGAGGCGGCGAUUACCUGCACCGCCAAUAACAGGGUCCAUCGUUGCCCGGGUGCUACGGCGGAUUCCCUUCGAAGCUUCCCCACAAUGCAGUCAGCAAGCAGAAGAACUACAAGAACUAUGCACAUCAAUAAUUUUUCUUUAACAGAUAAUUUAAACGGAUUGAGUUGAUGGUGUGGUCCUUGCUAGUGAAAUAAGAGUUAAAACUGAUAGAUUAGGUGUAGUGGCAGUGUGUUUUAUAGAUUGGAUUAGAAUCAAUGAUGGUGGAUUUAAGGGUCUCUCUGCACUCAGUCAACCCACUUUGCCACACUUAGCCCCAUUUCUGCACAUUCAUCCAACACACAAAGAAAACUUACUGGGGAGGGGAAGAAUCGCAAUAGCUGUAAAGUUGGAGAUCUUAGACUUCAGGAUAUUGACUUUGUGAUACUCAUAGAUGGUCCUCCUUCGAACAUCUGAAGCAAUGCACAGAGAAUAUGAUGGUGUAAACAUUGGUCAGAACCUGAAAUCUUUGAUUAA